UAUCUCUUUCUCCCCACCAGAUGAAGACCGUUAUACUCCUGCUGGCGUCCGUGACCAUUGUCGCACCUCAAGCUCGCUAUCCUGGCGGAGGAAUAGGAAAUUUCCCCGGUGCCGGCGGGGGAGCCAUUCAGUUCCCAGGCUCUAGCACCGGAGGUACUCGUCCUAUUAGACCAGCUCGCCCUGGAGCAGGAGGAUCUGUUCGCCCAGGAGGAGGUGGAGGGAUUCUCCCAGGAGGAACAGGAAUUUUUGGAGGAAAUGACCAAGGCUCAGGAGGAACAGGAGGGCAGGAUUUAUCAAGCCCACCUCCACUGUCAACAGCUGCCUGCCCACCAUUCCUCACUCCUCAGGUGCACUACAAUCUGGGUGGGAGACAAUACCACUACUCCUGGUGUGUUGACGGAGGCCAGAGGUACAACUGGCAGGAGGCUAACAACUACUGCCGGAGACUGGGUAAUGGGUGGCAAGCCAUCAGUAUUGAGACGGCCCAGGAAGACCAGUUUGUGGUGAACAUCCUCGACUCGCAUGAUUUGCCUUACAUCUGGACCAGCGGCAAUAGACUUCAGGGCAGAGGAUGGGUUUGGGGAAAUGGCCAGCUUGUGUACUACACCAACUGGGCAAAAACUGGAUUCGUGCCUAACCGCCCUCAACCCGACAACCACUUCAACAACGAACAGUGCCUGUCUGUCCUCAACAGGUUCUAUCCCAACGACGGCAUCACAUGGCACGACAUUGAGUGCCACCACGUUAAGCCAACCAUCUGUGAGCGUGCAGCCCAAAGUUAUAGCGGAUAAUCAUCUAAAACUCUUUGUAAACAUUUCAUUUGUUUCUUAAUUUAACUAUGACCACUGUAUCCUGAUUGUUUUUUGUUUUUUACCUCGUUUUGUAUAGCUAUGCAUAAAGGAGUUUCCUGUAGCACUGUUAUAUAAUUCAGAAAGGUUUGAUAAUUCUUUAGUUAUGGGCGAGGGAUAAUACCAUUAAGACUGUGAUGAUAUUUGGUUAUAGAUACUGGAUAAUAUUUUCAUAAUAAUCAUUUCAGUUAUGGAUAAAGAAUAUUUUUAUUUUGAAUUAUUUCUAUUUAUCAACAAAUGAUUUGUUCAACUGCUAAUAUAUUUAUUAGCAUUUAAUAAAUACUUUUUCUCACAGGAGUUAUCUUCUUACUCAAGACAACAUAGACUACCACCCUGAUAGUUAAUUAGUGAGAUAUAACGAAGUUACCCUUACAAAUGCCUCGCGUUUAACCUCACCAUUCUACCGUUUUCUUUCGCUGAUAAUAUAAUCAUGACGGGUAACGACUGGGUAGUUUCCGGGUAAAUAUGAAACACUGAAUGAAGGAGAUUUCCACAUAUUGGUUAUCAGACUAAACGAUACAUUUUUGUUAUAGCUUUUCAAUAUAACAAAUUGGCUUAUUAUGAGAGGCGUUUGUAUGACACGUUGAGUAAAUGAUCAAGUGUACACUUGUACGUUAGAAAUAAUGAAUAGAAACAUAUGUCUGUAAUAUCCAUCCCCUUUUGAUUGAAAAUAGAUCAUGUAUGAUAAAUGGAUGCAUAGAAGAAGGAAAUUCCUAAUGUUGCGCCCAGUUAGCUACAAUAGAACAUGGAUAAUAGAUAAAUAGAUAGAUGAAACGACGAUUCCAUUAAUUUUGUUCUGCCUCAUUUGGUUGAAUGAGAUCAUAGGUGACAGAUAAAUGGCUGGAUAGCUGGUUAGAAAUAGACAUUCUCUCUCUCUCUCUCUCUCUUUUUCUUUCUUUCUUUCAUUCUCUUUUCAUUUAUUACUUUAAUGAUUCUAUGAAAUAUCUGAUGAUGUGUUGACAACAAAUAAAAGUAUUAAAUUAU